GGCAAGUCAGUGAGGCGCUCGCUGCUGACUCACCAAGAAAACACGCCCAAACUCGCCCCGCGCUGUUCAGUCCAAUGUCGUCCAACGCAUCUCGCGAUGCCCCUCUCGAACGAGUCCGUCGCGACCCUGAAGAAAAUGUUCGUAACAUGGAUGUCCCCCAAGAGCUGGAUCCACUGCUACCCGGACAGGAAACAAAUCGAGGGCGCCGACAGAUUUCCUGGGGAACACUGUUUCCCAGCGACAGGGAACUGCUAACUACCUCACACUUCCGCCGACAGCGCAAAUGGAUGAUACCAUUGGCAACUGUUGUAGCUUCAACGAUUCUCUUCCUUAUUAUUCUGAAAGCCUUCACACGGCAUGAACCUACCCAGGCACGCCAGCCGGGGACUUGGCUUCCAACCUCGAUUGUUGCUCGAACUUAUACCCUCGAUUUUAUGGCAGACUUGGAGACCGCUAUAUUCAAUGGACAGGCGAAUGUUACAAUUGAAGUUCUGGAGUCCACGAGCAAUAUCACAUUCCACUCGGUUGGGCUUGAACUCUCAGAUACAUUCGUCCAUCACCUUGCCAGCAACACAAUCGUUUUUCCGUCUAGUGCCGCGUCCGACCCAGACAAUGGGAUGACUAUUCUUCACUUUUCAAAGGUCAUUCGCCCCAUGAAUUAUACCCUCGUAAUCAGCUAUAAAGGACACAUUGGAGAUAGAACAAUGCAUGGAUUCUACCGCAGCCCGUACCGCGACGCAUCAACGGAUGAAGUACGAUACGUUGCUGCAACGCAUUUUGAACCUUUUUGGGCUCGGCAUGCGUUUCCGUGCUUUGACGAGCCAUCCUUGAAAGCGGAAUUCCGCGUCGCCAUCACAGUAAGGAAGGGGUUGUAUGCAUUGUCGAACAUGCCCGCUGCGAGAAUACAUGAUUUGGAUGCGAGCGCAGAUGGUGCGCGAUUCACGCGGUUUGAGUUCCAACCGACCCCGCCGAUGAGCACUUAUCUGGCCGCUUGGGCGAUCGGGGAUUUCAAGAGUGUGGAAAACAAGACAGAAAGCGGAGUAGACAUGAGAGUAUUCUUUAGACCUGGUCAACAGAGCGACGCACGAUAUCCCUUACACGUGGCGCUGCGGUCACUUGAAUUUUUUGAAAGUCAAUAUGGAAUUCCGUUCCCGCUGCCAAAACUCGAUUUGUUUCCGAUGCCAGAUUUCUCAGGCGACGCUAUGGAAAAUUUUGGCUUGAUGAUCUUCGAAGAAGACUUGCUAAUGUCGUCUGAGACCUCUUCAGCGGAAGAUAAGCAAACUAUUGCAUUGCUGGUGGCACAUGAAAUCGCACACCAGUGGUUUGGUGAUAUUGUCACGAUGAGAUGGUGGAACGAUCUGUGGCUUAAUGAAGGGUUCGCAGAGUUUAUGCAAUACCAGGCAGUUUCUGCCAUUGAGCCUUCAUGGGAUCUUGAGUCACAAUUUUUUUACAUGGAACAUGUGCUGGCAUUCCGGGCGGAUUCAUCCUCCUUCACCCAUCCUGUUACCAUGGCGGUCGAUGACCAACGCACGAUUCCCAGGAUAUUUGACGAUAUCACAUACGAUAAGGGGGCUGCAAUUGUUGGAAUGCUGAAGUCGUGGAUGAAUUCAAAGACUGACGAUAGGCAUAUGUGCGGAGGAUUCUGCCAAGGAAUAAGGAAAUACCUGACCCGAUGUCGCUUUGGCGUUGCUACCACCGCAGAUCUGUGGGCUGACAUGUCCGCUAUUGUUGGGACGGUCGAUGGAGAUCAUAACGUGGUGCGUUCCAUGAUGGACACAUGGGUUUCCCGCCCUGGAUAUCCCGUUAUCACUGUUAUCCCUGAAAAUGGUGUCCUCCGGUUGAGCCAACGUCGAUUCACGCUUUGGGCAAGCCCGGAGAACACCGAAGAUCAAACUUGGGUCGUGCCCUUUGAGUUUGCAAUUCUUUCGGAUGUCAAAUCUGUGCAUUCCGUCACCUUACGGGACCCGACAAGCUUAUUUCCCAUAUCCGAGCUUUCUCCGGAAUCCCUUAUCCUAGCAAAUCCCAAUCGUACAGGAUUUUAUCGCACACAAUAUGGAGCAACAACUUAUAAACUGCUUUCCGAAUUGCUGUUGACCAAUCCAACCAGUCUACGACCUGCAGAUCGUGCAGGAAUUGUAUCUGAUGUUAUUGCACUGGUGCUUUCAAAUAGGGUAAUCGCCCAGGAUGGAUUUCCAUGCCUGCUGUUCCUGAAACGUGAAACUGAUCCGAUCGUCUGGCUGACGGCUAGUGACGCAUUAAAGGAGUUGGAAAAAAGUCUGGGUUACCAUGUCGCGGCAAAUAGCGUGAGAGCCUGGUUCCGCCGCCUCCUGGAAGAUAUUGUAGUAAAGGUUGGAUGGAAGGCCAAGGCCGGUAACAGUAACGAUCAACAUAUGCAGGAUCUUAUGCGCCGAGCGAUUUUGUCACUCGCUAUUGAUAUGCAAGAGCAACAAGUUACCUCCCAAGCAAUGCGGUAUUUUUCAGCUCUUUUGGAUAAUAAAGAGGAUGAUUUGCCAUCGGAAGAGCUUCUGGAUCUCGUUUACAUCGCAGCGGUUCGAAAUACCUCGAAGAAUUUUGAUAUUAUGUUCGAUUUGUACACAAAACAAUCGGGACCCAAGCCGGCAGGAGACAUUUUGAGCGCACUUGCAAGCACACAAGAUAGCGCCCAAAUUGAUCGCCUACUUGACCUGCUCCAAAAGCAGGACCUCGUUUCACCCUCGGAACGCAUGUCAGCCAUCGAGACGGUGGCGACUGCCUCCCCUUUAGCGUGUUCCCAUUUACUGCCAUUUAUCUUCGAUUUUUAUUCGAGCUCCAAAAGUGGACGGAUGGCAGUCGCUGUAGAGAACGCUAUUGCGGGAUGCCCUGACAUGAAAAUUAUUGAGCAGUGGGACGAUUUUGCCAGGAAGCGGGAUAGUCAGGAAAAGCCAGGAGAAGCAGAUAGGCUUCUAAUCGGAUUAAAAAGAGGGCUUGAAAGGGCUACCACCGGAUAUUUUUUUAGAACUGAGAGAGGUGAUGAAGUUCUGCAAUGGGUUAGUGAGAGGCUAGGAGAGAACCCUUCCGAACGGCUCAUUGAAAGGAUUUGACAUUGGAUCGCCCGCUACUGUUGGACAUUGACCUAUUCAUCAUGGCAGGCAGACGCCUUACUAUACCCACGGUCUUAAUGCCACCUAAAUAUUAUAGAAAUCAAACUAAGGUUUCCAUCUCGGCCCAGACAUCCACUGAUGCAGGCCCCUGUGCUGCUAUAGGCAGGUUUCAAAAAGUCAUAGUUUGUAUCUUUGAAAGGUUGUGUUCCUUUGACGCUACAGGGUGCCUGCACACCUUCGCCAUCUUUCCCCGUCAAUCAACCUUCGAUAUUCACUCGUCUGUCCCUCCUGGCACCAGUUCCCCAUAUAGGUAGAGAUAUUGCACCGUGUCCGAGAUACAAUGGAUAGCCCAAUGGCGGAUUGGACGUUUGCACUGUGAGAUUUCGGAGUAGUAGCUAAGGAAAGUAUGAUGUCAGAUAGUGUGAAAACCACUGUGAUUGAUAAGACUGCUCUCGUACCGGGUGAGCUUGAAUGCUGUAUCGCUCUGAGAUGAAAAGAAGGAAAGAAAUCAGG